CUACUCCUUGCUGAGCACGCCCAACUGCCAGAGAAGCGUGCUCUUGAGGUCGUAGAAGUUUUGAGUCGAGAACAGUACCAGCACGUCGAACUCUACAAUGUAAGACAGGAUCUGCCUGCGGGCGUACUCUUUAGUGCCGGGAGAGCCCGGGACCCCACGCGAGACCGUCUUUACUUAUCAGGACAACCACACAGAAUACAAACAGUUCUCAGGUGAAUCCUGAGUUUUUCUUUUUAACUUCUCACGUCGGCCAUCCACGCCUGAAAGUCCGCGUCUUUCAAAGCGUAGGGCAGAUUGAUCGUCGCCAAUUGCUGUGCUCGCUCCAUCCAUUUCUCGAGACUGGCAGGAUGGAUGUGCGAAAGCAGGCCAUGCCGUGCCGGCUGCCGGACACGCAGCGAGGCCGCUCGAUUUAUUUCCUGGCGCUGGAGCAUGUUGAAGACCAGAAACUUAAACACUUUAUGCUCGCGCACGUUAGGCUUCCACUGCUGCAGCAGCUACUUGACAUGCUCCUUGAGAGACACGCGCUGGCUGCCUCUACAAUGCCCCCCUCCCGGCGCACCCCGGUCGAACGGAAAGAAGUCGGGAAAGCAGUCGACAAAGAAGUCGGGGUUCUUGUACUCGAUGAGGAGGCCGUCGAUAUGGUAGUUAGCAGGAAUGAACAGAUUUCUCUUUCUUCCUAUAUCCACACACAUGGCGAUACUGUGUAGCAAUCAAACUGCCAAGUUUUUAUUGUUCUCUCUCUAUGCGCAUUCACACAUAGCGAUGUCGCCGUGAACUCAUCGCGCCGUGCCGUUCCUGAGGCUGCUGGCUGCCCAUCACUGACGGUGCUCAGCGUGUCGUCCAUUGAGUAGCGAUCGCCGUCCUCUUCUCGCUCUUGACGUCCCCCAAACCGUGUGAAGUGCUGCAUAGCGCGGCGAGCCCGCUCCGAUAGCGGGAGGUCGUCGUUUUUAUUAGAGAUCAUCCCAGAGGUCGUCAUACAGACCUCCUCGCGAUUGUCCAUCGACACAUCGUAGAUGUCUCUGUGUCGCCGAUUGAUGGUGUCGUCCUGCUUGAGGUUCUCUUCGAAGAGGUCCGACUCCUUCGCAAACUCCAACCACGGCCUGGGCACCUUUUUAUAUGAGGCCGCAUCCCUACCAAACGCCGCCGGCUGUGGCAGCUUGAUCACGUGCUUGGGGUCGAGCCAUACCUCGUCCUCAGCAUACCGAUAGCAAUUCCUUUACAGGAACUCCAUCAGCGGCGUUAUCUUGCUGCCGUCAACACCCAGCAUGUGCCGGGCGUGUCUUUUGAUGAAGUUGAAGUCCGCCUUCUCGUUCGGGCGUAUAUAGACAAUACACAUAUACCGACUCAUCUGAUCAACGUCGCGAGGCAAGAUUCUCUGAAUCUCGUGGUGCAGCCGAUCGAUGUCCUGUGGGACGACAAAUACAGUCCCAAACACUGCCAACUAGCGGUCUGCAUCCGAGACGACGCCAGUACCGUCCCCCGCCGGGUACAGCUUGUAGAUGCAGUGAAAGGGGAUAGCCUUUGAUACCAGUAACAGCUCACCCUCGGUCCGCUCGGUCACGAUCUUGACCUCUUUGCAGUCCAUCGGGCCACGCCAUAGACCGUUAGCCAAACUGAGCCGCGGGCACGUCUUCACUGUGGGCCGCGUUAGGUGGCGCAUGCACUCGAUGCAGAUGGUGACCAUCUCGUCCUCCCACCGGAUGGCGGCCAGUUGCAGUGGCGCUCCAUCGAACUUGGCCAUCACCGGGUGCUCGGGAUACCGUUCGGAGUAGGUGAGCGCCUUCACACAGAGCGCGUCUCGGAGAUUUGCAGGGUCGGGGCGGUCCUCGUCGCGGAACUGCAGGAGGUGCGCAAAGUUGGCGAGCGCAUGCAAAUCGAUGCGCCUGACUUUGUCGGAAGAAAUAUCGUUCAGCGUAUCCAAUAUGAACUGGGCUCGAUCACGACGCUCCUUCUCACGCUGUGCAGCCACAAUGUCUUUCAGCCUGAAGCGCUUAUAUCGCUGCCACUGCUGCUCGACCUCGCCUAUGCACUGGCGCAGAUCCGAUUCGCCCAAGGAUUUGCCCCUCUCGCUGAAGGUGCAGCGAAAGGCGCGACCGCACACCACACACGGGUGCUUGACGUGGCGGUAGUGGGCGGUGACUUCAGCGUACUGGUUGACACAUCUACACAGCACCACCACACGAAAAGCGACACAAUCUUCUUCUUUCGCACCAUACCACAGUUCCUCAUUGAUUGAAUACUCACAUGCAGGCGUUGUCAUGGGUGUACACCCAUGGCGGGAACUGAGCAUCUUCAUCGCUCUGUGCCGCCUGCACAGUGUCGCGACUUCGCGCGGAGGGCUCAGAGGGAGAGAGCCCGAGUGUAGUAGCUCCCCACACCUCACCAUCUUGCACCCCCUUCCCGACCUCCGGUUCCAGCCCUGCAUCCCAGAAUACGCCCUUGUCCCACAGAAAAGACCCCCAUGGGAAGCGGUCGAUGAACUCUUGAGACACCCUGUUGUUCUCCUUUAUCUGCGCCAAUCGCUUAAUGACCCCUUCCAUACACUCCCGCCUCUUGGCCUGUGUCGCGGUCUCGUGCUGCUUCACCCACCCUUUUUUCCGCGCCUCGGACUGCUUCUGUUGUGGCUCCUCUCGUGUAAACCCUCUCUCCUGAGCGUCGCUCCGCCGAGUCUCCCACCCUGCCUUGGCAGCGGCGGAGCGGCGGGCCCGCUGCUUUCGCUGCUCCGCUUCAGUCAGAGUCACGUGUUGCGCGUUGUUCCGCCGGGUCUCCCAUGCUGCCUUGGCAGCGGCGAGGCGGCGGACCCGCAGCUCAUCCUCAGUGACUCCCGCCUGUUGCGCGUUCGCUUGCCGAGUCUUCCAGCCACGCCGUCCUUCCCCGCUGAUUGCCGCCUGUCCUAUCUCCUGGCGCCGGCGCUCAUGUGCGGCUGCAUUCGAAGCCGAGCGAGUCGCACUCUUCCUCCGCUUCCUGGCCCGGUCGGCAGGCAGGCUGACCGACCGCUCAGUUCGCAU